GGGUAAACGCGGGAAAAGGUGACACACUAGAAAACUUCUAUUCAAAGUAAGACUUUUCCAUCACCCGAGUUUCAAGCCAAGCUACAUGUACAAGUAGAGAGACAGUUGGGGCGGGUCUUUUCCUCUCCACAGAAAAGAAAGAAAUUAAUAGGAAAAAUAGGCACAAAUACUUAAGAAAGAAGAAGAAAAUGGGCCGCGGAACCAAAUCCGACUUUUUUAAGGUCGUGCACCCUUGUGAGAAACAGGUAACGAUCAACAGCGAGGGACUCAGUCGUCAUGGAAUCCAUCGUGUCGGUAUCGAUGGAAAUGCGCUUAUUCACAGGGCCAUACCGAAGAAACUGAAGGAAGAGUAUGUUAAGGCCACACGAGAAUCACCGAACGCAGCGAAAGCGCAGCAAGUGAGUCGCGCGAUUGCAGCUCGCUUCAGGCAAGUCGUCGAACGCAUAGCGCCCAAGACGUUGGACACUGUUGUGACGGUGUUUGACGGUGAGGCCUUGCCCGAGAAGUCGGAGUGUCACCGACAUCGAGAAGAGGCGCGGAAUAAAGCCUUCGACGAACGAAGGUUUGAUCAAGCUUUCCACUGUGACAAGGCUAUCGUGGAAGAAUGCAACAAAGCGCUGAACGAAGUACCAUGAAGAUUAAGUCUGACCGCGACUAGAAGGAACUUAAUAGGUGCUGUGUAGGAAAUCUAAACUGAUAUUGUGAAGUCGUUAUUCUUAGCGAUGCGGUUGUGAGUACUGCAAUUAUAUCAGACGAGGAAGAUUGCAACUAAAACUCAGACAUCUAAUACAUAGGUACCACCUUUGUUUCAUGCAAUUUUUUUUUCGUGCAGGUUACACCCAACUCGUCAAUCAUUGCGGCCUACGAAGCGGAUCAUCAAUUGGCCUAUUUGUACAACCGAAGACGCAUAGACGCCGUUCUUGCUGACGACACCGAUUUUCUAUGGUGGCAGAUUCCACUUCUUCGAAAGGUUCAGGGUCUAAAGAACCCCGACAACAAAGACGAUAUUUCGGCAACGCUUAUCGAUUUGAAGAAAGACUAUGAGAAAUGUCCGGAUCUGUUCAAGUUUUUCUUGCCGACAAUGGACGCUGACGUUUAUCAAGGUAACGCAUAAGAUACUCUUGUUGCAUUUACGUUUACCUUUACCUGUACGUGAGUUGUGGGGCAAUGCACUGCCCUUUUUAAAAAUUAGUCAAAAAUCUAGUCCGUUCACAAUUAUAGAUAUUAUAUGAGUUGUAAUUUCGAUGUGCGAAGACUGCUAAAAAUUCUGCUCCAAUGCAUCAGAAGUUUUGCAAGGUGAAAUUACGUUCUGGAAGUAUUCGUCAGCCGAGAGUAGGCAGAACGGGGGCUUCGGGUUCAUUAAGUGCACAGAGACGCAUAAGCAGCUCCCACCGGAGGCCCGUGGAAAGACACUUUUUUUUCAUGCGUCCAACGUCAAGCAAGGUGGGUUCAAGAAUUGCCGCAAGGGUGCAGCAGUCGAAUUUGUCUUGGAACGAACCAACCGGGUGCUUCGGGUACUCCUAUGUAAUAAAAACUGGAGUGAAGAGAUGACUUAGACCACUUUACGGCAUGUUGCUUUGAGGAAAUUUAUUCAUUGGUUUUGUUCCUGAUCCGGGAAACCUUCGUAAUUGAAAUUGUCAACAGAAUGAAUCUAAGCCAGAUGAUGUGGAGGUAGAAGAUAAUAUCAUCGAUUGAAAAUUUGAAUUUUCACUGUUGUACAUGUACAAUAUAUAAAAACAUUGCAGAGCAAGCGUGACAGUCCCUUUGUUGGCGUCCGUGUGACGGGAAUCGGCGGAAAAGAUGUUCCAAAAUAUGAGGCAGAGGGAAAUCGACCGGGAGUGCGGGAGAUUUUUCCGUAUCAGCGCGAAGUCGCUUUGGCUGUGCUGUUGACCGGCAACGACUACAAUGGCGCGCAUAUUCCGGGAUGCGGAUUGGCAAUAGUGAAGAAGCAUCUGAAAGAUGCGAUGUUUGACGAGGUGCGAUUUGCGAAUCGCGUUGGCAAAGACAAGAACAUUCCUCGUGGUUUCGUCAAGAGUAUCAAGCGCGCUUCGUGGCUCGUCAAGCACGGGCCAGUAAAGGAUGAAUGCGGUAAUAUUGUUCCACUCUCCGGCGACCCCAACGUGCAAAUGAGGGACCCGUUGUUCGCUGGUACGCUGAACAAGACCAAUCCGGUGGCUACCGAGGAAGUCGCUUCAACCAUGUUGCCGAGCAACUCCACCGCAGCUGGGGAAGUGGAGCCCAGAACCAGAAGCAAAGGUCGCAGUAAGAAGGGCAAGGGUAAGCGUAAGGGGAAGGGAAAGCAGUAAGCUUGUUCAGGAAGACGAAGAAAAUUAUAGUCAUUGGUUCAUGUCAAACAACAUUCACAUUCCACGACUUCGUUUAGUCUAUUCACAUUGCCCGUUUUGCGCCGUAUAUCUAUUUUAUUGAUUUUCGAAGAAGACAUGACAGGCUUUCAGUUUCAUUGCAACACUAAAUCUAAACAUCAUACGUAGUUUCCCAUUUUUCUGCUAAUGCAAUUCCAAGCUGUGAAAUAUGCAAAAAUCGAUCCUUGCUCCGACUUGCAAAGAAAACUCAAACAGCAAUCACAUGCUAUACUAUUGUGCGUAGGCGCAAAACAGAUGCACCAACAUGAUUGUUUCGCGUCAGUUAAACAUGGAAUUGUACGAACAACUAGUAUGGGAGUCACGAUCUACCUGUGACUGAAUGAU